GUUUUCCUGAGCACCCUCCUUCUGCGUGAGUGUGUUAUGGCCUCUGUGAUGGACGAUUCCUACCGUAAGGUGCUGUUGCUAGGGGCCAUCGCCGCGGCGUCAGCCUUCGUGGUCACCAUCGUCAUCGUGGUGGUUUGUGUGGGCUGCCAGAGGUGAGAGGUCACAGCCCACACCUCUCUCUCUCUCUCUCUCUCUCUCUCUCUCUCUCUCUCUCUCUCUCUCUCUCUCUCUCUCUCUCUCUCUCUCUCUGUAAAUGUAACCAAUAAAGAACAAAUACAUUGAUGUUGCCCCAAACUGUAUGAAAAAAAGGCUACUCAUUACUCUUCAGUUUUGUAAACCAUUCAUUUUUCUGGUGCCGAAUUCCUGCCUCCAGUGUGUUGUUAUGGUGUGACAGUCCUGUGGGAUGUGGAUGCUUAGACACCUGCUCAUGGCUCCCCGGGGGCAGGCAGAGCUGAGAGGUGCCUAGAGAGAUGUGUCCUGGGCUGGAGAGAGAGACAGAGUCCCUGGGGCAUCUCAAUGGUACUAAGUGGCCUCUGUGCGUGUGUAGGUGCACAUGUGCAUCUCCUCUCCUUUAUCUUCACUGAACUGAAAAACACAGGCUAGGUGAAAGCAAUGUAUGGAUGGCCUCCGGGAAUCUACUUUCACAUGUCCAUUUAGAUCCGAUCGGUACAGGUGAAGAGCAGUAGAUGAGGAGAGGAAGCCACAUAUGAGAAUUGAGAUCAGUUGCACGUAUAGUCAGAUAUACCUUCACACCUCCUCUCCCACCUCUCUCUCUACUGCUGUCUUCAGCACACCUGCAUCACAUGGCUCGCCCUAUCAACAGUCCCCCAUGGAUACACCGUUCCCAAGGCGCCCGUAGUGACGUGUUAGCAACCAUGGAGGAAUAUUUACUUCUCUCUGAGUGAAACUCAGCAGCGACAUGGUUAAUAAUAGCACAAUAAUAAUAAUUGUUCCUUCAUGUGUCCUCAGGAAAAACAAGACCAAGCAUCCUCCGGCCAAUGGAGAGAAGGGCACCUCAGGAGACAUGGUGAGUUAUUUUAAUUGCCCACGCUGGCCCUUUCACUUUUCCCUUACCCCAUAUUAACCCCUUCUUUAACCUCAUACAUUUUUUAUUCUUUAUGUUGUAUAUUUCAGACCUACCAUCCAUUGCACCCCAUCCACGAUCCCUUUACCGUCGUUUGUUAUCGGCCCACCCAAUAAAUUGCAUUCCUAGUACUACCUUACACAUGACUUUGAGAGCUCACUCUACCACCCAGCAUAAAAUCUACUAAAUUAUCACCCUCAUUUAUAGCAGCAGAAAUAUCAAACACAUCUACACUCUUAGAAAAAAAGGAGCUGUCUAGACCCUUAAAGGGUUCUUCGGCUAUUCCCAUUGAAGAACCCUUUUUGGUGCAAGUAGAACCCUUUUGGUUCCAAGUAGAACCCAUUUGGGUUCCAUGUAGAACCCUUUCUAUAGAGGGUUGUACAUCGAACGCAAAAGGGUUCUACCUGGAACCAAAAAGGGUUCUACUGGGAAUCAAAAAGGGUUCUCCUAUGGGAAUAGCCGAAGAACCCUUUUGGAACCCUUUUUUCUAAGAGUUUAGCACCACCCAGUUAUUGUACAUCAGACUGAGCAGUGUCUAUGCUCUCUGUAUAGGGUGCUCUCCGUCAGCCCAAGAACAGCUCCAUGAGUAAAUCUGACACUAGGCUGCAUGAGAUCAACCGCCUGCCCCGCAACGGCAACAGUGAGUAACAAUACCAACAACCAAUAGACUGCCAACAACUAGAAAACUACCGGUACAUUGGUGAAAUGGAAACUAUGUAACAAUGACCUGGUAAUACAAGUCCCCCUCCUUCUCGCUCUCUCUAGGUGGGUGUAAGAACCGUCCAGCCAGUAUGGACCUUCUCCUCCUCCACAGCCGUCGCUCCACCUCUGACCUCCGCCCCCCACUUGUCCGCCAGCUCCCCCUGAUCCCCACCAGCCCCGAGGGGGAGGGAGACCCAGUGGGGGGAGACAUCCAGGGGGAAGGAGGAGAGGGGGUCAGAGACCACACCUACACUGAGGUGGGGAUCCGGAACUCACCCGUCCGUUGCUUGGACGACGGGCUGUACGAGAGUGUAGGGGUCAGAGAGGUGGACACGGUGCCACCCGUUCCCCCGUCCACAUCAGCCAACGGGACCUGCACCGAUGGUGUCCGCAAUGGGAACGGAAACAGGAAUGGGAAUGUGCGUAUUUAUGCUAUGAAAGCAACGCAAUAGAAGUGUUGACAUCGCGUCAUCAUUGGAGACACUUUAUAUUGUGACCGCCUACCUGUAAAAAUGUUAGUUGUUAAUUUUGUUAUUUUGCUUUUCAUUGGUUGGCCCAAUGGAAGGACCAGUACCUUCCAACUCUGUGUGUUUGUGUGCGUAUACCUCAGGGGAAUGGCAGAGGAGCUGUUAAUGGGAGUAGCAGAGGAGGAGGGAAUGGGCCCAGCAGUGCUAACGGAUCGGCCCUGCCCUCCUUCCCCUCCAUGGCCCCCCAGGUCCCCGUAACGGCAGAGUACGCCUCCAUACGGAAGGUCAAGAAGGUAAACUGUGUUUUCCAAUGGAGUGAUGGAACAGCAUUAUACUGUAUGAAUUCGUACUCUAAUUAAUUAAAAUUGAUUAAGGUGGACAAGGCAACCAAGAAGGAGAACGGGAACGCAGAGUCAGAUGACCAAUCAAGUCUCCAAUCAAGUGUGGGAGAGUCAUCCUCUGCCCCGCCCCCUCCACUGCCCCGCAGCCAGGAGUUUCCACGGAAACAGCUGGAUCCAUUCCACCUGCACGUCUUCCCUAAGGUACGCCCCCUGUACGACAUUCAUGGACAGAGACUCAGUAUAUUUGUUGUAAUUCUUCAUCAGCAUGUGUACACUGUUAACCCCACAAGGCAUUUUUUACUCAAAUACUUCUAGUAAAUUGAACUCAAAGUCAAUGAAAAGUAAUUAUUACUUAAAAGGUUUAUGUGGUAUUGACUCAAAACUAAACAAGGCAACAGUCAACAUGUCGCCCCCCUCGAAUGAUGCAGUUAAUUACUAUAAGCUACCACCUUGGACCAAUCACUGUAAUUUUGUAAACGCCGGAUCUCUAUGGCAAGACACAUAAUUCACCCAAGUUUCAUCAAAAUCGGGCCAGUGCUGUCUGAGAUAUUGCAUGUGACGAACAUACGAACGAAGACAGAUCCACAGUCCCCUCCCCGAUUUCAUUGUGGGGGACAAUAAAAUACACAAGGGACCUAUAUACAGGGAGUACCAGUACCAGAUCAAUGUGAAGGAGUAUGAGGUAUUUGAAGUAGAUAUGUACAUGAAGGUAGGGUAAAUUGGCUAGGCAUCAGGAUAGAUAAUAAUAAGAGUUUUAAAAAAGGCAACAGUAAACAUGUAGUCCCCCACGAAUGAUGCAGCGCCCCCCUUGGGCCAAUCAAUGUAAUUGUGUAAAUGACGGAUCUCUAUGGCAAGACACAUCAUUCACCCAAGUUUCGUCAAAAUCGGGCCAGUGGUGUCUGAGAUAUCACGUGGGUUAGCUAGACUCAUAUACCUGAGCAUGUGUGCCAAAUUUCAGCACUCUGAGUCAAACAGAUAAAGAGAUAUAAACAUGUGCUCAUUAUAGCACCACCGUGGGGCCGAUAUGAAUUUUCUUGCAUAUGUUGAGUCUUGACAGUGUCUGCAACAUGUGUACCAAAUUGUGUUACAAUACGAAUAUCCUUGACUGAUUUAUAUGCAUUUAUAUGCCAGACCAAGCCCACGUGAAUGUUUAUUGGUCAAUAGCGGCCAUGUUGUUUUAGGUACUAGUCUGGACUGUAUUUGUUAGUGACAGAGACAUGGUUGUUGAAUUUGUUCAUUUUCAGUCCUGUGGCCUUCAACAAGUGAGUUCCUAGGCAAAUGUUAUCAUUAUUAAACUCUUUAUGACAGUACAUUACCUAUCUCAUAAGUUCUUAUUUUGAGGCCUAGCUUUAUCCCAACACAGUGGCCUGAAACUCAUGCUUUACAGGCCACAUUAGGCCUGCAAGUAGGCAUAUAUGUUAUUUAUCUUUGUGUAGCAUAACAUUUAUAAAUCAGUCACUCAAUGUACAUGCAGAAAUACUAUAUUAUUAUUAUUAAAAACAAUUCCAAAGAAUUAACCUGCAGUGGCACAUACUGGGGAAAUAGUUAGUUUGUUGUCAUAACUUAAAGAAUAGAGUUGAUUUGACUUCUCAUUUAGUUCUGAGUCAGUACCACAUACACAUUUUAUUGACUUUGAGUUUAAUUUACUAGAAGUAUUUGAGUUAGAAAUGCCUUGGGGUUUUGAGUGUAGAUGCUAUAUGGCAGCAAUAUUAACCUGUCAGUUCCACCAUUUACCCACCAGAGGGAACUAUGUCCUCCACUUUGUUAUUCCUUCUGCUCAGUGCUCAUUGUUUGAGCUCAGAGGAAGAUUAGAUCUCUAACGCUCCGGGUUGAAGUCCCCCCUUAACCACAGGUCUACGUACAGAUCACCCUAACCUCAAUUCCUAAUCUUAGCCAUUGAAACUGAGCUUAGAUCAGUGUGUAGGGAGCAAUUUCAGCCUGAUCUUUAUCACUAUUUCCAGCCCCAUGGGCUCUACUGACCUUAUCUGUCCACAUUAAUAGAACGUCAGAUCUUCACAGAUUGUGUCUAGGAGAGAAGCAGAAUUGAUCAAAGUAUGCCAAAAUCAUCCUUUAGUUGUUAGAAUAUGUCCCACAGACAUGAUUAAAUCUCAUUGUUAAAAGUAUGCCAUAACUCAUGAUAUCAUUUUGUAACCAGAUAAGCCUGAUGGAAAUACUGUGUAUAAACAGUCAAGGCCAGUUUGUGGGCUGCACUGAAAGAGGGAAAUGGAGGGACAAUGAUUGGAUAAAGAUCAAACUUUCCUGUGUGUUUGGCAGUCCUACCUGUUUUGUCUUACUGUGUGUGUUUUGUGUGCCUGUUUGUGUGUAUGUGUGUGUGUCUGUGUGUGUGUGUGUGCGUGCUCACCUGCAUUUGCACAGCACAAACAGGGUGAUUGUAAUCUGCUCGGUCACAGGUUUGGUAGAUUGGCAGAGCUAUGUAAAGUAAACAAUGUUAUGUUAACAGUGGGUGUGUGUCUGUGUUGUUGCUCUACUUAUUUUCUACUGUAUGUAUGCGUUUGUUUACACUGUAUAUUAACGGAAUGUGUAUAAUAGUGAGUAUGUGUGUAUGUAUGUGAAUGUGAGCAUAUGCAGUAUUUGUGUGAAUUAAAUACAACUGUGUGUGCGUAUGUGUCAUGUCAUCCUGAGGGGUAUACUACGAAGCAGGUUUGAGGAGUUGGCGAGGUAACUUUGGUCAACUCUGAUUUCGCCUCGGGAUAACCGAUCAUACAAAAGUGGCUCACCUUUUAGCCAGGUAAAUUUGAGUUAGCCUGCUUAACUCACAGCUAACAUUGAAUGAAAUGUCUGAGCCACAAGUUGAGGAUCAAUGAAAUCAGAUUUGCUCCCUCUUGCAAAGAUUGCGUUAUCAUCCCCUUAAUUUGAGGAAGACGAAUAAUUAGGAAAACGUUUUUUUGUGUUAAAAAAUGUUUAAUGUUAAAAUACUGUAUAUCACAUUACACAUUUAGUAAUGACAGAAUGCAUUUUAAACUUCACACAAUGUGACACUUUUGUAUGACUUAAUAAAAAAAAUAUAUAGAUAGGAGUGGGGAAAAAGGUGUUUAUGCAUUGAUAAGUGUAACCGGUGUGAAAUGGAUAGAUAGUUAGCGGUGCGUGCUAGUAGUGUUUCAAUCUGUGACGUCACUCGCUCUGAGACCUUGAAGUAGUUGUUUCCCUUGCUUUGCAAGGGCUGCGGCUUCUGUGGAGCGAAGAGUAACAGUGCUUUGAGGGUGACUGUUGUCAAUGUGUGCAGAGGGUCCCUGGUUCAAGUCCAGGUAGGGGUGAGGAGAGGGACGGAAGUAACACUGUUACAUAAGCACGCCAAGACUGCAUUAACGAUAAGUAAUGAAAUAAAGACGGCACUUCUAAAAUACUAUUUCACACCAUAGCCUGCUGAAUUUGCAAGAUAACUUUGAUUUCGGCUGUAGCCUGAGCUGGAUUGUGACGCUAACUGAAUCUGGUUAGCUUUAGAAAACCCUGAGUAGAUCUAGCUUGCUUUGUAGGAUACCCCUCAGGGCUACAGGCCCCCAACCCAAUUUUUGUUUAUUUUAAUAAUUUUUUUAGGAACUCAGUCGGGGUCUCAACUUACUGUUGAGAGUUAAAAUAGUAGAAUCAUCAAGGUGCAAUUUCGAAAUUUGGUAGUGCAUCAGCAGUUUUACUCUUGUAAUGUCAGUCAUUGACAGUCAAUUAUCACAUGUGAGCUAAAAAUGUUUUAAUUGGUAUCUACACCUUGUAGUAAUCAUGGCUGAAUUACUGAGCAGGCACGCAGGGCAUGUGCCCAGGCGCCGUUUCCUCAAGGGGGCCCCCAUUGAUUUUGUUAGUCACUCUCACUCAGAUAUCAUAUGAGCAUGGCAUAAGUCAUGGAACAUUUUAGAAUACCUUUCAAAUUGCAAAAUGUUCUCUCGGCCCCAUGGGAAAAUGAAUAGAAUUACAUGAAAUUGGUUUUAAAAACUGCAAAAAGGUUCUCUCCACCUCAUGGCAAAAUGUGUAGAAUUGCAGGAAAUUUGCUUUAAAACGGCAAAAUGUUCUGUCCGCCCCAUGGCCAGAUUUUUUAAAUUUCAGAAAAAUUGCUUUAAAACCACAACAUUUUCUCUACGCCCCAUGGCAAAAUGCGUAGAAUUGCAUGAAAUUAACCUUAAAAAAAAAAAUUUCUCUCCGCUGUCAAGAGGGGCACCACUAAAAAAAUGACCCAAAAGGUGCGGGCCCCCAAACUAGGGAUGGGCAUUUGAAAUUAUUUCACUAUUCGAAUAAUAUCAAUAACAAAAAAUUGGAAAAUGUCAAUGGACACUUGCUCGUGUAACGUGGUUCGUUCUGCGUUGUUUACUUUUAAUUAGGACACUGCCACAACUGGAGGUCUGCUGGUUGGAUUCUUUUUAUUUGCCCUGCACACGAAGAGACAACACACAAUAUGUUAGCCCUUGGCGCAGUCACAGCUCUCGGGCACCUGCGUGAGCACAUGAAAACUCACUCAAACACCGUCCCAAGUACUCACAAAUUACAAUAGGUACCCUAAUUAGCGAGCUCGGUGAAACUUUUUAUAUUGUCCACAUUGUCACAAAACAUAUAGUUGCGUAACAGCACUUUGUGUAACAUUACAUUUACAUUUACAUUUAUGUUAUUUAGCAGACGCUCUUAUCCAGAGCGACUUACAAAUUGGUGCAUUCACCUUAUAUCCAGUGGGAUAACCACUUUACAAUUAAUUUAUUUUAUUAAUUUAUUUCUUUAUUAUUAUUAUUAUUAUUAUUUAUUUUUUUGGGGGGGGGGGGGGGGUAGAAGGAUUACUUUAUCCUUUCCCAGGUAUUCCUUAAAGAGGUGGGGUUUCAAAUGUCUCCGGAAGGUGGUGAGUAACUCCGCUGUCCUGGCGUCGUGAGGGAGCUUGUUCCACCAUUGGGGUGCCAGAGCAGCGAACAGUUUUGACUGGGCUGAGCGGGAACUAUGCUUCCGCAGAGGAAGGGGAGCCAGCAGGCCAGAGGUGGAUGAACGCAAUGCCCUUAUCACAAUGCCAUUACCACAGUUUUAUAUUGACAAAUUACAGAGCCAAGGACAACAUACCUUGCUAGUUGAAGGUCAGGCAAAAGAGAACAAUAAGAGGGUACGUAAGUACAGAUAACCCUCGAUGGACCAAACCAAAAUAUACAACACUUUUACAACCAGGUGUAUUUAAUAUAGAUAUAUAAAAAUGUUUGUACACCAAAAAAUAACAUUAGCUAUGCAGCUGUAAUUAAAUAAAGAAAACACAUUGAAUUAUUAUUAUUAUUAUUAUUAUUAUUAUUAACAUCCCCUCUUGACCUGGCCUACUUGAACUGGUCCUUGUGUGCAACUUGGUGCAUUAUCUAGGGGAACAACAUCACACUACUACAUUCACCCCCACUGUUUUACACUAGAUUAUAAGAACAAAACAAAACACAUUACCUCGAAGGUAACAAAGCAAAGAAAGAAAAAAAACAUUUCACACCCACAGGGCGACAGAGUAACCCAGUGUAGUCCCUUAAUUCUAGACCCACAAAUGGUCGAUCAGCUGGAAAGCUAUCCCGUGAAGGAUUAGGAAAAAUAAGAGGUAGCUAAUCCCUUAUUCAACUGUAUACAAAAAAUGCCAAAUACAUUUUAUGCUGAUGAACUACACAGAAAUCACCCUAAGACCCACUUAGAUUACCACAUACACAAAGAAAGAAAAAAAAGAUAGGCAAUAUCCUACCGUCACUGAGAAACCAAGAACUGUUUCAUUUCCUGUGUAGACAUAGUUUGGAUUAGCCUAUUCACUGGCUUAAUAAGUCUACCUAGUCUAAACCGAACACCCUCCCCAAAAACCUAGCAGGAAUGUCACGGACAGCACUAACCGUGCUCAGAGGUCUAACCUCAGGUUGGGGAAUACUACAAAUCGGCAUAUCCAGAGCGAGCACACUUUCAGUUAGUAGUGUCAGACGACUGAUCAGAAUCCUGGUAGAUUGUCACAGACCACACUGACGAAGCAUCUUCAACCAAGUUAACAACAUCUGUCACAGCACCAUCCCCACUGAAUGGAGUUUCGCUAUCAGAACUCUUGUAGGCUUUGGGGAUCUCUCUCUGGUCCACUUCUGCUGAGCACACCUCACUCAAGGGGACUUCAUAUGGUUGUUCCACUUCACUUCCAUCAGCUGGGACUCCACCAUCCUCUUGGAGUAUCCUCCCAGAAAACUCAGGAAUGCUUGCUACCCAGUGGACAGUCCUUGCGUCACUCCCAUCCACUUUGCUGGACGCUGCAGACAUCUCAGAGAUCACGUCACCACUCGAUAGAGAUCCGUGACCCUCAGGUUCCCCCCAAGAAGGCAAAGGCAGAAAGUUGACUGGCAUAAUCAGGUUCCUAUGCACAGUUUUGAUGCGUCCAGUGGUAGGGUGUUGUAUACGAUAUGUGUUCAGUGAGCUGUUCUUCGCAACCACUAUGUACACUGCACUGUCCCAGCGAUCAGCCAGUUUCUUCUUGCCCCUCUCUCCCUUGUUAGCAAGUAGAACUCUGUCUCACUUCUCUACCGAAUGACCCUUCGACCGUCUGUUGUAGACCUCGGCUUGUCUCUUUUGUUGCUUACUGGCAUGCUGCUGGGCCAAUGUCAUGGCCUUUCUCAGAUCCUCACCCAGAGACUGGACAUACUUAUCCACAUCUACUGUGCCCCAUCCAACAGCACACUUUCAAACAUAACAUCUACCGGCAACCUAGGGGUGCGUCCAAACAUCAAGAAGAAGGGUGGAAACCCAGUAGUCUCGUGAACAGUGCAGUUAUAGGAGAAUGACAAUGUGUUCAACAUCUGAGGCCAUUUAGCCUUAGACCUAGCUGGCAGAGCUCUAAUCAUGCCACCCAGUGUGCGAUUCAGACGUUCUGCUUGACCGUUACCCAUGGGAUGAUAAGGUGUGGUGUGGGACUUUCCAACACCAGAUAACUGAAGUAAUUCUGCAAUAAGUGAACUCUCAAAGUUAGCACCCCUGUCAGAAUGGAUACAAUCAGCGAACCCAUAAAUGCAGAAUAAAUUAUUCCAGAGAACACGAGCAACAGUCUUAGCAGACUGGUUUGGACAUGGAUACGCACAGGCCAGCUUAGUAAAGUGAUCAGUCACUACUAACACAUCAAUAGACUUGUUGUUUGAAUCCUCUGCAGUCCAGAAAUCAAUACACACGAGUUCCAAAGGUGCUGUGGAGCUCUUGCUUCAGGCUCAGGUGCUUUACUCAACACGCAUCUCUUACAGUGGGCCACGUAUUCCUUGACAUCCUUUUCCAUAGAGUCCCAGUAAAACCGCUGUCUCGUAAGCCACAAUGUGCGCUGCUGACCCUGAUGACCAGCAUCAUCAUGAACUCCCUUCAACACAAGGCCUCUCAAAGACACAGGUACGACAUACUGGAAUAUUUUCGUCUUAAUCACUGGGUGUUUUGAGACACAAUACAGAAUCCCUACUGUCUUUAGAGUAUAAAUUGUUUCAUUAGCUUCAAGGACUUGCUCUCUCCUAGAUGGGCGCCGGCCUCUAUCUACAAAGAACAUGACUCUGCUGAUGACAGGAUCCAGUGACUGGUUAUCAUACAGUUCCUUGUGUGCAAAGACAGGUAAAGGGCUCUGACCCAUGGACAUCAACUUCUCAAGGUGCUGCACAUGUGAAACGGCCCUCACCAUCAUCCCAUCGGUGGUGAGCAUGGAGGACAGCAGACACCUCUUCACAGGAAACCAACCCACUGACGUCGUCUCCAGCUCUACUCAACUCACUCCCAGGAGCCAUAGACGUUCCACAGCCAGCCUCGGGCUGUUCACAGGAGAGGCGGAACAUGUCUUGAACAUCAUCCACUCGAAGGCCUCUGGCUUCCUCCAGCAGGACAUCAUAUGGAAUUCUUGUCAGUCGGUGCAGAACUGUGGAGCGGGCAAAUGGCUCUCUGCUCAAAGCAUCGGCAACGACAUUCUUGGGACCUGGUAUGUACUGGAUAUCAAAAUUAAAGGGUGCCAGCUUUGCAACCCAUCUCUGCUCACAUGCAUCAAGUCUCGGCUUUGUAAGAAUAUAUUUGAGUGUUAUUGUUGUCGGUCCACACAGUAAACUUAUGCCCUCGCAGCCAAUGGCUGAAUUGAUCAUGAAUGGCCCAUUUCAUGGCUAGAAAUUCCAGCCGGUUAGCAGGAUACUUGGAUUGUGCAUGAUUAAGAGAUUUACUAGCAAAAGCUAUUGGCCUGGCUAUUGCCUUCCCAUCUUGCACUUGGGAUAGUACAGCUCCCAAACCACUAGUAGAUGCAUCCACAGAAAGUAAAAAUGGCAGAGAAAAAUCUGGAUGAGCCAGCAGUGCCUGGUCAACUAGUGCUGAUUUCAAAGCUUCAAAAGCGAGUUGACAUUUGGCUGUCCAGUCUGCAGCAGUGAGCCUGCGAGAGGGACCAGGCCUCCUCCUACCCUUGCCUCUCCUAGGCUUCUUCUGACCUGUAGUUAGCUGAAACAAUGGCCUAGCAACCAUGGAACAAUUCUCAAUGUAGUGCUGAUAGUAUACUACCAUACCAAGGAAAGAACGGAUUUUGCUAGGAGACGGAGUGACACCAUCAGCUUCCAUCAUCUCACUCUCAGUCACAUUCAAAAUAGUUUGAACUUUAGCAGGGUCAGUGGCUACACCCUCCUGAGAAAUGAUGUGGCCCAAAAACUUAACAGACCUCAAAAACUUGCACUUAAAUGGAGACCGUUUAAGAUUGUGCUCCUGCAACCGCUGAAAAACUAUCUCAAGUCUCUGCAGACUCUCUUCCUCCGUCUUAGCAAAAACCAUCAGAUCAUCCAAAUAACAAAGGAGACUUAGAAAGUUUUGGUCACCAAAGAUGGUCAGCAUCAUUCUCAUAAAAGUAGCCGGGCUGUUGCAGAGGCCCUGAGGUAACCGAUUGUACUCGUGCAGGCCUAAAGUAGAGGAAAAGACAGCUUAUUUCUUAUCCUCUUCAUGCAGUGGCACGUUAUAAUACCCUGACGUCAAGUCCAUUGUGCUGAAGAAGGCAUUACCUCCCAGUGCGGCCAGUACAUCAGCCUGAUGAGGCAGGGGAUGGGCAUCCUUUACUGUGCGGGCAUUUAACCACCUAAAGUCAGGACACAGGCGCAAGUCCCCAUUCUUUUUCCAUACCAGCACCAAUGGUGAGGCAUACUCGCUGCUGGAUAUUCUGACGAUUUCCUUUUCCUCCAUAUCAUCCAGUGUUUCCCUGAGUUUUUGGUAAUGAGCUGGAGAAAGCCUAAGAUAAGGUAAUCGAAAUGGGCGGUCAUCAGUCAGCCGUAUGCGAUGGCAGAACUCCUUUGCCUCACCACAAUCUAGGCUAUGUCUAGAGAACACUGUGUCAUACUUCCCAAUUAAAUUGACAAGUUUAUCUUUCCAGAACUGUGAAACUGGACACUCCUCAACAGACAGGCCUUGAAGUCCAAGAUUGCUCAGUGUACUGUUGCCAUUAACUACACUGCCACCAACUGAACUCUUAGCUGUCAGACUGCCAUGUGAGCUGUCACAUUUAACUUUUGCCAUGUUCUGGUAAGCUGCUUGCUGCUUGACAUCAUCAAAAUCCUCCAAUGCAAUGCAAGGGUACACAUCCGCCACUUUAGCAUUUCGUCUCAGGGUAACUGGCGAUGUUGUUGGAUUCACAAUCUUCACAGGGAGCCAUCCAUCCCCCCACAGAGGCGUAACUACUCUCCCCACUAAUAUGUGUCGAUUCACACAACGAGACGUGCUGGGCUCGACAACAACAGUACUGCCCACAGAGAGUUUUGUCUUUGGGGGUUGGAGCGUUACUGCUCUCUUCAACUUAAUGGUGCCCACUUUAUCUGGGAUGGAGUCUCCUCUCCUUCUCUCCAGAUUUGACAGGAGACGCAAGAAGUGGCUGUCUUCACACUGGCUAGAGGACCCUGGUGUACCCACCACCCGCCAGUAGCUGUCAUUUGAUUUGAACUGUCUAAUCAGAGACUUCAACACAUUAGUGCCCACAAUGAGUUCAUCAACCUGCCCAUCUACAAUAAGUACUGGGACUACAUAGCUGAAGCCAUAAAGCUGAAUUUUUAAGUCACACAUGCCCACUUGGCUAGUUUGCGUCCCACCACAACCCACCAGGAUGAUGUCUGAAGGAGCUAGAAAGUUCCCCUCUACCACUCCUGCCUCCCUCAACCGAGGUACAAUAUCUGCUCACAGAGUAGUAGCCAUGGACCCACUAUCUAACAUCCCCUUCAGCUCAACUUUAUCCUGUACUAGCACAGUGGUGUAAAACAAACUGUCAUUCUGAGUAAUUCUCAUUGUGUUCUGAAAAAUUACUGUGUUGUUUUUGGGUACUGAUUCACAAAAAUAAGAAUAAACAGAUCAUCAGUGGAGGAAAAAUAAGACUGCCCCACAUUGCCCUCCUCAGAAUGGAGGCUUUCUAGUUUUCCUGAGACCUGCCAGUCUGUCCACAUCCAGGGCUCUGUCGCUGCCCAGUCUCACUACAGUCAAAACUCAUGUGGCCCGGAGAGAAGCACUUGAAGCACAGCUGGUGCAUCUGACAGUGAGCUUUGGUCCAGUGAUUAGUGCUUCCACAGACAGCGCACUCACGCUGACGUUUGUGGAACUGUUUACGGGGCCCUCUGUUCACAGACUGAGUAUUGCUGACCAGAGCCUUCUCUAACAAAGUCAAAACUUUCUCUAAUGUCCCACCCUCAGAUACAGAUGGUGCCUGGUCUGGUUCACUUUGAGAAAAAGAUGACACAUUAGGUCUGUUCACAGGACCCACUCCCUCCUGGGGGGAGUCAAAGACGGCAGCCACCUGCUGUGAAAGUUGUGUUCUACAUGCUUUACGUUCCCUUAACAGUUCAUCCAACCGAUCCUGUACCUCACUGGCUGUCCAGUCACGAAGGGAUUUGCUCUUGAAUACUUGGGCCAACUCUUUAUCAGGACAGUUGCGUACAAACAUGACUGCCAACUCUGAGCACUGAUUGGUUAAGGUCCUGCCCUCACUUACAAGGUACUGUUCAGCUGCCUCUGCAGCUUUGUUAAACCUAAUCCAGAAAUCUAGUAGACCCUCAUUAGCAUAUGGUUUGAUUGAAUAGAAAUCAGCUAAUGGCAUACCCGAGCAGACAGUAUCCCCAAAGUGUUGCUUGAGAACACUGAACACCACCUUAACAUCUGUGACAACAGGGUUGUUACGCAUCCAGACUUUGGUCACAUCCCGUGCCCUCCCCAUGAGCCUAUACAUCCCCUCCCCAACAUUCUCAGACCCAGUGUAACCCCUCUUCUCUAGGUAGACUCCCAUUAGCUCCUCCCACUCCAGGACAGAGUACUUAUCUGAGCCUUCGCCCCUAAAGAAAGGUGGAGCACUAACAUCUGACUUCACAACCAGAUUCAGCUUGGACGCAUCAAUAAAGGUUGACCCACACUGCUCAGCUGGGGUUGGUGAGGGGGACGGGCAGGAGAAAGACUUGAAACCCCAGGCUGCAGUAAACUCGCUCUGAUAGAUUAUCCUAUCUCUGAACCAACAGCUUAAUAAGGUCACUAAGCUGACUUGGAUGCGUCCCAUUAUUACUGAGGACUGUGGGUGAUGGUACAAAGACAGAGGUGGGAUACCCUGGUCAGGUGGAAUAAACAGCCUACCCCUCCCAGUGCUUGCAAACUCAGGACUAGCAAAUGCUCUACUCCCAGGAGCUGACUGUACAAUUGGUGUAAAUGGAAGGACACCCCUACCUCUACCCACACUAAAAUCCCCAGCAUAACUCAUCUUAAGGACUUGAGAGUCUUCCAUGGCUCAACAAAGCACUAAAAUACAAUGUAAUUUACUGCAGUCAAAUACAAAAGAAAUUGCAAUAAACAAAUUCAUCCAAAACAUACAGUCAACACGUGCAUUUAAUUUAUUUUUUACCUUUUUUAACUCGGCAAGUCAGUUAAGAACAAAUUCUUAUUUACAAUGACGGCCUACACCAGCCAAACCCGGACGAUGCUGGGCCAAUUGUGCACCGCCCUAUGGGAGUCCCAAUCACAGCCGGUUGUGAUACAGCCUGGAAUCGAACCAGGUGGUCUGUAGUGACGCCUCAAGCACUGAGAUGCAGUGCGUUACACCACUGCGCCACUCGGGAGCCCUAAUGAAUAUGCUACAUUCACCUUCACUAUUUACAGUAUAUAUUCGCUUACAGCAAACCAGCAGCAAAUGCACAUGCACAGAUCGCGUACCUCAUCCACAUGCACAGCUCCGUUGGUCGGCUUGACCUGACCAGUCGGCAGGUCACGGCAUCCGUUUGUAGCGUGGUUCGUUCUGCGUUGUGUACUUUUAAUUAGGACACUGCCACAACUGGAGGUCUGCUGGUUGGAUUAUUUUUUAUUUGCCCUGCACACGAAGAGACAACACACAAUAUGUUAGCCCUUGGUGCAGUCACAGCUCUCGGGCACCUUGCUAGUUGAAGGUCAGGCAAAAGAGAACCCAGGUGCUGCGUGCACACAUUCAGUGCCUAACAACACACUAUACAAUACAAGUAAAAUGAUAUACAACAUAAUUCUGACAAAAUAAAAGACAUACCUGCACACGAAGAGACAACACACAAUAUGUUAGCCCUUGGUGCAGUCACAGCUCUCAGGCACCCGCGUGAGCACAUGAAAACUCACUCAAACACCGUCCCAAGUACUCACAAAUUACAAUAGGUACCCUAAUUAGCGAGCUCGGUGAAACUUCUUAACAUAAAUCUUUAUAUUGUCCAAAUUGUAACAAAACCUAUAGUUGCGUAACAGCACUUUGUGUAACAUUACCACAGUUUUAUAUUGACAAAUUACAGAGCCAAGGACAACAUACCUUGCUAGUUGAAGGUCAGGCAAAAGAGAACAAUAAGAGGGUACGUAAGUACAGAUAACCCGCGAUGGACCAAACCAAAAUAUACACAACUUUUACAAUCAGGUGUAUUUACAAUAUAGAUAUAUAAAAAUGUUUGUACACCAAAAAAUAACAUUAGCUAUGCAGCUGUAAUUAAAUAAAGAAAACACAUUGAAUUAUUAUUAUUAUUAACUUAUUAACAUCCCCUCUUGACCUGGCCUACUUGAACUGGUCCUUGUGUGCAACUUGGUGCAUUAUCUAGGGGAACAACAUCACACUACUACACUCGCACGAAAGAGAGAGCCGGUGCGCUGCGCUCUGCUUGUUUCAGCAGAAGGGUGGGGGAGUGUUCCGAGAGAGGAGCAAUGGCCGGUGUGUGUGACAGUCUAUGUGUGUGGCACGGAGGGAGAGAGAGAGAGGGAAAAUAGCCAUACCGACUCACGCUAGUUAGACAAACUUCAGUUGCUACACAUGGAGCCUCUGACUGUAGCGCUGCUUUAAUUGACUGACAAUAACAACAAGCUACACGUGUCAAACGUGUAUAGGCUACCAGUGCGUCUUUUUUAUGGGGUGCACUGAACUGUUGAAUGUAAUGGUCUAUCCAUGUAGGCUUUGUAGCAAUGUCACAUAGAUCAUUUUAUUACAUUUUUUUUAUUCUCAAUAAUGAAUGCUCUCCCAAGUAAUCUAAUACUAACGUCAAUUUUGAUAUUUGAAUAUUCGAAUAACCGUGCCCAUACCCCAAACCAAAUCUCUCUUAGGGUCCCCAAAAAACUAGGGCCGGCCCUGGUGUCAUGAUCUCAGGCUCUCUAGUGUGUCCUUGAGAGAGAUCUUGUUUUUGUCUAUUUAGUGUGAGUGUUUUGGAGAAAGCAAGUGAUCGUUGUCUCUUGUUUAUAGUUGAAUGACAUGGCAAAAUUUAGUUUUCCGCCUAAAUAGACAUACCCAAACGUAAUUAUUUUUCAUGAGAUGGCCAUAAACAAUAACUGGUAAUGUUGCAUGGUUUUAGAAAGAUUUGGAACUCACCUUUCUUGUAAAAAAUAAAUAAAAAAUUGCUGAGGUGUACUCAUUUUGAGGACACAAGCUCAAGUACAUAGUACAAAUAUUAUGAAAAUAUUAAAGAUCAUAUAUUACUUUUUUCCUAUUCAACAAAGGUGGGCUAUUAGGGCUUGAAAUAAUGGAAAUGCUUUCUAAAUAUAGUAAUAAUCAAAGUAUAAAUGACUUACAGUAAGAUUGCACAUUUCUUAUAACUGUAAAAGUAAAUAUGAUGAUACUUAGCGACAGUACAAUAUUUGCACUAUAACGCUGACAGAUAAUUUUCUCCUUAACGUCCACUGAGCGGUGCAGAGACACCAUUCAAAUGUGUGCAGAUUAGUUACAACUUCAGCUUUAAGCACAACGUGAUUUUGUCCAUCUGUGACCAAGAGAAAGUGGUCUUGGUUCAAUUCUAUGAAAUUAUUCUGUCGUUUCUCAUUUUGAGAGCUCUAAAUCCGGCGGAGAAUAUCACAGCGAGAUGAAACUAGUAUGAAACCGCUCAAAGUCCCCCAAAUAGGGGGCUUACCAUCUACAAGGAUAUUAUGGUCAUGUUUAUGCGUGUGUACUGUAGCCUAUAUGUGUGUAUGUGCUUCAUAGCUCGUGUGUGUGUGUGUUUGUGAGCCUGCGGCCCCGCCCUUCUCCUGCUCUGUGGAGCACAUGAUGUGUGAGUGGCUAGCGGAGCAGAGGAGACAUUUAUGCAAGAGCCUGGCUGACUACCAAGCCAUGUGUGAGUGAGUGUGUGUGUGUGCACGUGCGCAUGUGCGCGUGUGUGUGCUUGCAUGUGUGUUUUGUUAAAUGGCAUCGAGGGAAGAAGAAACAGCAAACAGGUAGCCGUCCAGCCAGAGGAAUAAAUAGUACACACACUGAUUUCAUCACUGGCUCUGGAGAGGGCAGCUGUCACGCCCUGACAUAGAGAUCUCUAGUUGGUUUGGUCAGGGUGUGAAUAUCUAUGUGAAUAUCUAGAAUGUGUAUAUCUAUGUUGGCUGGGUGUGGUUCCCAACCAAAGGCAGCUGUCGAUCGUUGUCUCUGAUUGGGGAUCAUAUUUAGGUAGCCAUUUUUGCCUACCUAUGUUGUGGGAUUUUGUUUCUGUUUGGCGCGUUUGAUUUUUAGCCUCUUGAACUUCACGUUCUGUUGGAUUUUGUUAUUUUGUCGGUGUUCAUAUAAUAAACGACUAUGUACGCAUACCACGCUGCACCUUGGUCCGAUCCUUUACUCAACGAACGUGACAGCAGCUUAAUUUACAGAACAUUAACUAUUGGGCUAUGUAAUUAUUGAGUUUGAUCUUUGUUGGAAUGUAAAUUAAAUUAAGAUUUUAUAAACAAGCACAAUCAACAAACAACUCCUGAACUUUAAUGAACUGUAAUUGUGUUUACUAAUGUCGCUCAUAAAACAUUCAUAAUCACUGACACCAUAGAUGAUGGAUAUGUAUGAGUUUCAGCUUUCUUUUUGUACCAUACUGGUAAAGAAACCUCCUGGGAGUCUUCUCCUGCAGUGGAUUUGAAGUGUAGAUAUGACAGUGGGGACAAUGGAGUGUCUCUGUGUGUGAUAGAGAGCAAUAAACAUCUGGAUGUUGGUAGCACUCCUCUCUCACUUGAGGCUGAGAAACCUCUGACUGAUCGACCAAGAGUUCAAAAUAUCCACUGAUGAAGAAGAAAAUCUAAUUUGAUGGCAGCAUCUGAUUCUGGUUAUGAUUGCUGUCUGAUUUCUUGGCAGCUGUGCGCUGAGUGGUCUGUCUUUUGAGACACACACACAAACGCACACACAAACACACACACAAAACACACACACGUGGGGAGCAUCUUUGAUCUGGGGGCCGUGUAUAUGCAACACAACACACAUGAUUCAUUAACCAUCAAAAUGUCCUCAAAAACAUUUCACCCUCUGUCUGACAGUACUGUUUUGUUGUGAUCAGAAAAAACAACAACCAAAAGGACAAGAGACAGCAGUAUGGUGGAGGGGAGACUUUAAUUGAACCUGACAGCAUAGUGAAGCUGCAUAGAGAUUAUAUGCUGUAAAUGGGGAGAUAUUUAAUAGCACUACACAUGUACACUUACAAAUGUGUGAACAGAGAUGAUCUGAUGCCAAAAGAUAAUUUCAUCCAUAUGCACAACGAUGCACAACCAUUUCAACAACCAUGGCAUUCCUCUCUACAAACACAGUCCCUCACCGUUCUCUUACAAGACUAGUGGUGGGACGGAUGGGUAGACAGUCACAUGAGAUCCACUCACACACACACACACACACACACACACACACACACACACACACACACACACACACACACACACACACACACACACACUCCUUGCUGUUCAGUGUGGACUGUGUUUACAUUGUUUCCCUGGAUAAACAUUUGCAAGAGAACUCACACACACACACAAACAUACAGGUCUCCUGUAUCGUAUGUCCAUGUAUAUGCAGGCCGGACAUAAAGCUGAGCUGACCUACCAGAGAUAAUCUACAGUGUGUGCGUUCAUGUUUAUGUGUGUCUGUGUCUGUGUGUGAGUAUGCAUGCAUUGAGUUGUUUUGCUGGGAUUUAUACAGUAUAUUGUUCAAUACAAGGCCCUUAUUCAAAAGGUGUCUCGGAGUAUGGGUGCUGAUGUAGGAUCAUCAUAUAUAAUCAUAUUCAUUAUGAUCUAAAAGACAAAACUGAUCCUGUAUCAGCACUUCUACUUUUGAGGCUCUAUUAGUGAGGCUUAUGUGUUUUUUUGUUGAGCAAAACUUUUUGUGGAGGUACUACGCAGCGCACAGACCCCCUCGCGCAGUCGAGAUAAGUCGAGUUUCCUUGUAAGCCUAUUUGGCGGGGAAACUGUGAAGCCAGCUGUAUAGCCUAUUGCAUGUUUCUGUUUAUGAGUCUUUUAUUAAAGAAUGUGAAACAAUGUUGUCUUUUUGCGGCUUUUCAUUGAAUCAUGCAUAGCUGUUCUUUUUGUGGCCUAAUAUAAAUGUGUUCAUAUGGCCAGAAUAUUAUCUAUAGGCUAAAAAAUAUGUAUCUGGUAAAAGGCUGACAUUUGGACGUUUCAAUUAAAAAAAUACUCUUUGUCACAUGACUAUAGAAAUGGAAACAUUGUGAUUUUAGAGAAACAAAGUAACAAUAGCCUAUGAUUAAAGGGUUAGGCUAUACUGGGUUCUCACCAUCAUUAUCAUGAUCCACAUCAUUCCAAUUCAAUCAAGUCACAAUUAUCAGCUUUGGUAUUGACAUCAGUGAGCAGGCUUUCAGAGUGAGGCGAGACACAUGGGUAGGCCUACCAACGGAAAACGUCUGAAAAUGAUUAUCAAUAAGCAAUAGGCAACAGAUCUCUUCACAGCUUCCCAGGUGCUUCACAGCUUCCCCGGGAAACUCAACGUAUUAUAGCCUCACGUGAAUGAAAGCGGAGCGGAGGAAGGAGUUUGCUUCUGCUGCAGUGUUCACCUUAAUAUAUGAUGUGUUGCGGCGGGGCUUCGAGCAGUGAGUAUGGGCCCUGGCUACCAGGCUGACAGCAGAGCCCUCACCUCUGUUCUCUGUGUGUCCACCAGGAGGCGGUGUUCAUGGGAAACGGGGAGCAGUACAUCUGGAAGCCCCCUGAGGACAAUGGCAUUGUCACCUUGCACCCAGCGCCUACACCCCCGGGGGAGAACGGACAAGGAUACAUACCCACAGCCUUGGAG